AUCCUCUCGAGAGCAUAUAAAAACAAGAGCCCACAAUCGAAGUAUAAACUGCGCAUUUAGCAAAGUCGACAUCCUAAAACAGCUACAUUUCAGAAUGGCAGUUUGGGUAUCAACGCACGGGUCAAACAUACCAGACGAGGCAUUAAGAGCUGGGUAUGAGGCGGAUGGAAAACCACUUUUUAUUGCCAAGGCCAUAAUGGAGGCCAGUAUGACACCUGGGAAAUGCGGAUUUCAUCUUGAUGGAGCCCAUAUUCCAUAUGACUCGAAAGAACAAGUCGUUGAUCAUUACGAGGUACUGGUUUUUCCUUUUAGAAAAUCUGGGUUUUUAAAUUGGCAGAAGGCUUCUAACGGCUACGUUCCACCCAAUGCCUGCAAAACGGACGAUGGAAUCUAUGUUGGUAGAGCGUUCCACGAAGGGAGCUUAGUGCCAGGGAAAGUCCAUGUUGAUCACCACUGUGCAUACAUUUCGUAUGGAGGGAAAGAAUUCAGUUAUAAAGAUUAUGAGGUCCUGUAUGAAGUAAAAUAAAACCUGUACGACAUUUGGAACAAUAUUUGAAACUGAGCGUUCUUAAGUGAAUAUCCAGCCUUUUUAUACUUAACUUUUUUUACUUUGAAUAAUUCUAACACAUAUAUUAAUAUCUCUGUAUUCUUAAAUCAACCUUUUGAUUAUCUUCCCUCAAAGUAAAAGAAUAAAGAUUAUAUUCAGCUUGCA